ACUGUAAAACCGGAACUACCGGCCAACGGCACCACGUGUGGUUGAGCGCAAGGAUACUGCACUAGGGGGACCGAGGGUAUAAAGAGUGCCGGAGAGCCAGAGCUAUGACGGCAAGAAUUAAUCAAGCGAGGUCCGCACUGACCAAAAUGUUCAACAGCGAGCGUUACAGUAGGUUCACCCUGCAGUCCGAGGAGGAGGGAGGGCCCCACGUCGAGGUCAAGCUGUCCAGCGACGGGAUCGAAAAUGACCAUGUCCCCGACUCAAUGGACGAAUCGCACGGCUCGCCCUCGUACAGGGCGCCGCCCCGGGACAAGUACCGCAACGUGUGCUACCUGGCCCUCGGAACCCUGCUGAUCUUCGUCAUUGGGUACCUGAUUGGCUACGUGAGCCAUCGCUCCCCACAGAGGCCUCUGGUGAGCUGUGACCCUAAACUGGGAGUGGAGACUGAAGAGACUGAAGGUGGCGAGGAGGAAGUUGUGGAGAAGUCUCUAGAUUGGAGUGACAUCAAUAACUUGCUGGGGCAGAAACUCAACCCAGAGGCCUUUGACAAGAGACUAAGUGAGUUUGCGAGGGACGAUCAUGAAGCAGGAAGUGAUGGAGACCGUGUUCUUGGAAACCGAGUCUUUGAGGGAUUUAAGAGUCUGCAGAUGAACCCCUGGACUGACAUCCACUAUGUACAGCUGCAGACUCAGAACAGCACGCAGCCAAACCGUGUUCUGAUUGGCUCUGAGGAGGUGGGCCAGCCUACUGGUUACCUGGCCUAUAGUGCUCGUGGAACUGUCAAGGGCCAGGUGGUGUAUGCUAACUACGGACGCAGAGAGGACCUGCAGGAGCUGCAGAAUCAGAACGUGGAGCUGAAGAACAAAGUGGUGUUGCUCCGCGCUGGUCGUCUCAACUUUGCAGAGCAGGUGGCCAGCGUUGCUGAGCUCGGAGCCUCUGCUGUUCUGAUCUACCCAGACCCACAGGACUACGACUACCAAGACACCACUGAGCUGUACGGACACGUCCACCUGGGCUCCGGUGACCCCUACACCCCUGGGUUCCCCUCCUUUAACCACACUCAGUUCCCCCCUACGCGCUCCUCCGGCCUGCCCUCCAUACCUGCCCAGACCAUCACUGCCCAGACAGCAGCCCAGAUCCUCAAGAGGAUGGGAGGGGCAGAGGCUCCCAGCUUUUUUACGGGCAGACUCCCGAGCGUGACCUACAGACUGGGCGGGGCCAGCGACGGCGAGAGCGCCACGGUGGAGGUGAACAACGUGCUGGUCACCAAAGAGCUGCACAACGUGUUCGGGAUCAUCAAGGGUUUCACUGACCCAGAUCAGUAUGUGGUGUUGGGGGCACAGAGGGAUUCCUGGGGUCCUGGUUAUGCCAAGGCCACCGUGGGAACCACUCUGCUGAUGGAGCUGGCCAGGGCUGUGUUUGAGAUGGUGGAACACGGAGGCUUCAGGCCCCGGAGGAGCCUGCUGUUUGCCAGCUGGAGCGGAGGAGACUACGGCAGUGUUGGCGCCACCGAGUGGUUGGAGGGCUACUUGUCUUCUCUCAACAAAAAGGCUUUAACCUACGUCAGCUUGGAUGGAGCUGUCACCGGCACUGGGGCUUUCAGGGCUUCUGCCAGCCCCCUGCUCCACACUCUGCUGGAGAGCACCAUGAAGAAGGUGAAGAAUCCCAUUGGUUCAAAGAAGAAGAGUCUGUAUGAAGACGUGGCUGGGGACAGCUUACAGACCAACGUCCUGAGGCCAAUGCAGCUGGGAGAUUGUGCCUAUCCUUUCCUGGCCUUCUCUGGAAUCCCCUCCCUGUCCUUCAGCUUCUUCUCAGAGGGGGCUAAAGAUUACCCUUACUCCAACACAUUCCUGGACAACAAAGAGAACCUGGAUCGUGCGACCAACCAUCGCCUCAGCACCAUGGCAGUAGGGGCGGGGCAACUCGCAGGCCAGCUGGCUCUCCAAUUGGUGCACGACCACAUCCUGCGUCUAGACGUGGCCGGCUACGGGACCACCUUGGGCAAAUCGGUGCACUCUCUCAGGCGCCAGCUGUUCAACGCCACACAGAGCCUGUCUGGUAAUUGGCUGGCGUUUGCGUCCGGCUCCUACUCCAGAGCUGUGAGACGGCUCCAGGCAGACGUCCUCAACACCGACCUCAACGACGCGGAGGCCUGCCGCUUUCUCAACGAGAGGAUCAUGACCGUGGAGCAGAGCCUGCUCUCUCCGUACGUGUCGCCCGUCCAGGUUCCCUUCCGCCACGUGGUGUUUGGCCUCGGGCCGCACACCCUGGGCUCCCUGGGGGCGCUCAGCGACCCCGACGAGCUCCACACCCAGCUGGCCCUCGCCACCUGGACGCUGCAGGGCUGCGCCAACGGCCUGGUCGGAGACGUCUGGGAGCUGGACAACGAGAUCUGAGUGUGUGUGGAUGGUUGUCUCUGAGAGAAGCGUGGGUGUAAGAAAACCGUGUGUGUGUGUGUGUGUGUGUGUAAGAGAACCAGUGUGUGCGUGUGAAAAGUUCUGUCUAGGAUAACCAUGUUUGUCGUCUGGGGAGAAGCCUCAAUUGAGCACAAGCUAUCAGAAGCCUACCACCACCGAGAGGUGAAGAGCAGAAAAUAGAGAGUUGUGGCUUCAGCGGGCUCUGCCCCCCUCUCUGGUUCCCUGUAAGACCUGGCAGGAGAUGAAGUACCUGUGGUGUCAGCCACUGGUACCUCAUCUCCUUCUAGCUCUUUACCCCAAUCCCCAACCAACCAAAAGCCUUGGCCGUUACCAUAGAGAUGACCUCGAAGCCAUCUUGCACUGAGAACUUUUUUAUUUAUGUUUUGUAUUUAUUUAUCAGUGGCAGUGUUCACUAUAAAUGUGAUGUUUGUUUUUUGACUCAAGUUAUCGGGAGCAGUGUCUUCCAUAAUUAUGACAGUUAUACUGUUUGAUCCAACAGCAGCAUCUGCUACAGAAAUACUCUCCUUUUAUGCUACUACUACCAGAGGCUGCUAUGGAUAUGUGAUUGAGAAAUAUAUUGGUCAACUGGAGCAUGCUGUAAAAUGCAUGCUCAUAAAUUAUCAACCUUAAAGUUACAUUAAAGACUAAGGAAUUUAAAGAAAAUAAUCUCAUGAUUAAUUAAUGGUAGUAGGUUGAUAAACAACAGGAUUUUGGACAAGCUAACGGCACAUGCUGCAAAAAAACGACAAACUCUUAAAACCCUCUAAAUAAUUCGAUUUGUUUAGGUUCAAUUGAAUUCUGAGAGCCAUUUCUGUUGCACUUUUGGAGCAGUUUAUAUUUCUGAUCUUAAGAAUUAUCGGGAGCAGUGUCUUCCAUAAUUAAAAUCAUUAUCGGGAGCAGUGUCUUCCAUAAUCAAAAUCAUUAUCGGGAGCAGUGUCUUCCAUAAUCAAAAUCAUUAUCGGGAGCAGUGUCUUCCAUAAUUAAAAUCAUUAUCGGGGGCAGUGUCUUCCAUAAUGUCAAGCGUUGAAGGUAGUUUUUGCCUACCAGUGUGUGUGUGUGUGUGUAUCGGGAGCAGUGCCUCUCAUAUUUCACUGAAGGGUGGAGUAAGUUAUCGGGAACAGUGUUUCCCAGAGUUAUUUUGUGUGUAAGUCUACAAUCUUUUUCUGCUGUUUGUUGUAAUCUUUUCACUAGAAAUCUAGUAUUCAUGUUCAGAAAUGUUUUUGGGUUACUAUUUGAUUUGUCACAUGCUUCUUUCUCUCAUGAUUGCUUUCUUUUCUUAUUUACAACCUCGAAGUCAGGAAGCUUGGGUUAAUUCAUAACACACUCGGCCUACCUUGUGUUUGUAACUUGUACUCUAUAGACAGAGAAACGACUCUUUGUUAAACCAACUGUACUGUGUUAACUGCUGAACAUUCCCCACAGCUACUUUUGCUAUAGGCCUACACGGGUAUAGUUUUACUGCAUGUUAUUGUGUUUACCCUUGGUACAGUAAUGACACAAAUCUGUAGGCUAGUGAAGCGCACCUUAGUUAGUUUUUAUCCCCCACAAAAAACUCGGUUGCUGUUGCUACAAUUGUUGCAUGAUUCAAUACUUCAACUGAUGUAUGAUUUCUUAAUCAAUUUAGUUAUAUUUGGCGAUUCAGUUUGUUGAUCGAUUAAAUGUGUUCAAUAUCACGCAUUUAGUUGUCACGUAUUUAGUAGGCUAAUGUUUGCUUAAAAUUAUCCAUGUCUUUCUGGAAUAAACUCACUUUUGGCUUAGCGCA